AUGGCUUCACUCCAUCUCUUCCCCAACCUUCACCAUUUCACUUCCACCCUACACCGUAAGAAGAUAACUACACCCCACACUCGAAACCUACUCCCAUCUCCCAAAGCUUCAAUUAACGGAGCAUCAUCACCACCCAAUCGCAAACCGAAAACUAAAAAGAAACAAACCGAAGAGGUUAAUCCCGAUUCGGAUCCGGCAUUAACAGACUACGACGACGGAAUCGACUUCCCAUACUCCGAUCCUCCCCUCGUAUGCUGCUUCGGAGCCGUGCAGAAGGAGUUCGUCCCCGUGGUCCGAGUCCACGACAACCCGAUGCACCCCGACAUCUACUCCCAGUGGAAGAUGCUCCAGUGGGACCCUCCGGAGUUCGGGAGAGCUCCGGGGGGUCCGCCUUCGAACGUGGCGAUAUCCCACGUUCGGUUGGGAGGGAGGGCGGCGUUUAUGGGGAAAGUUGGUGGGGAUGAUUACGGGGAAGAGCUUGUUUUGAUGAUGAAUAAAGAGAGGGUUCAGACGAGGGGUGUGAAGUUCGAUGAGGAGGGUGCGAGUACGGGUUGUACAAGGGUUAGGAUUGUGUUUGAGGAUGGGAAGAUGAAGGGGGAGGUUGUGGAGGAGCCUCCUGAGGAUUCUCUUCUUGCUUCGGAGUUGAAUUUGGCUGUGUUGAAAGAGGCGAGGAUUUUCCAUUUCAAUUCAGAAGUGUUGACUUCUCCCACAAUGCAGUCAACUCUAUUCAAGGCAAUACAAUGGUCCAAGAAGUUCGGAGGGCUUAUUUUCUUUGACCCGAAUCUUCCGUUACCAUUAUGGAGGUCACGCAACGAGACUCGGAAGCUGAUCAAGAAAGCAUGGGAUGAAGCCAACAUCAUAGAAGUCUCGCAGCAAGAGCUUGAGUUUCUACUUGAUGAAGAGUACUACGAGAGGAGAAGAAACUACACACCGCAAUACUUCGCUGAGGAUUUUGAGCAGACAAAGAACCGGAGAGACUAUUACCAUUACACACCUGAGGAAAUCAAGCCGUUGUGGCACGAGAAUCUGAAGCUACUGGUUGUGACUGAUGGAACACUUCGGCUUCAUUACUAUACUCCUAAGUUUGAUGGUGUUGUGGUUGGAACAGAAGAUGUGCUCAUAACUCCUUUCACUUGCGAUAGAACAGGUUCUGGAGAUGCUGUUGUUGCAGGCAUAAUGAGGAAGCUGACGACUUGUCCUGAGAUGUUUGAGGACCAAGAUGUGUUGGAGAGACAGCUCCGGUUUGCCGUCGCUGCUGGGAUCAUAUCCCAGUGGACGAUUGGUGCAGUUAGAGGCUUCCCAACUGAAAGCGCGACACAGAAUUUGAAAGAGCAGGUUUAUGUUCCAUCAAUGUGGUAG